AUGGAUCCCGGAAGCAUCAGCAGUAGUUCUUCCUCUGUCCCUGCUAACAUCUAAAUGCUGGAGAAUGGAGAGAAUCCCCUGUACCACCUUUCUUGUGCUAUAUCUCUUUUUUUUGGUUCCUUUUUCUUUUUUCUUUGAGUUAAAUUGUAGAAAUGUGUUUUAUGUUGGUUUGCAUAGAAUAUAAAACUAUCUCUGACAUCGUACAAUGGUAAAUAACUUGGUAAAAUGUUGUACCACUUUUUGCAUAGGGUUAUUUAAUGGCUCUCUCAGUAAUUGUCAAAUGCUAUUGUGUUUAAUAUUUAGGUUUGGUAAUGAGCAACAUUAUUUUAUUUUUUAGUCACUGGAGUGAUCAGUACUACAAGAUCAUUGAAUUAUGAAAUGGAAGCCAGUAAAACAUUCAUGGUUAAAGUUGUAUCAAUGGAUGGUCUUGUUGAAAGAGACAGUGCUUUUCUUACUGUGAACCUUGUCGAUGAAGAUGAACCUCCAAAGUGUACUGGUGCUUUUGGAAUUAAACUAGGUAAGAUUAAUUAAAGAUCUUUACUAGUCUAUCGAUUUAGCAAUAUAUACAAAAUAUAGGUUGUGCCAGCCUUUAUUUUGUAUAUAUUGUUUCUCUAUCUCUUUCAGUUAGGGAUUGAGGGUGACCCUUACUAUUAGUGUUUUCUGCCUGCAAUCAUAUCUAUACUCAGUUGACACUCUAGCGAUUAUCCUAUCUGUGUAUUUUCUGAAUUUAACAGUCUAUAACUGAUUUCCAAUAAUUAUUUACAGAUUAUUAUUUACAGAUCACUUUAUAAUUAAAGAAUGUGUCACCAUAUGUCUGAUUGUAUACAAUGUUGAUCACUGAUAAAAAAAACAAAACAACAUAAUUAAUUUCAGCUCCAACAAAUGCAUGCCAGUGUUCUCCAACCUACAAGCAUCUCCUGAAUCAGCGAGAAACCCAUAUGAGUAUAUAUAAGUGAUAUCAGUAAUCCUCUUUCAGCCUGCCUUAAUAAAACUUAACAUAAGACAUUAAAAAUGCAUUCAAUAUCCAGUGGUAAAAUGUCUCACCUAUGGUUUUUUUAUUUCAGCAAGUGAAAGGAUUGAUGAAAAUUAUCAAAUGUUUCAUCAGCUGUAUACUGUUCCUGUAACAGACGAUGAUGGUCUUCCACUUUCAGUAAGACUAUUUUUUUUAUAUUGGUGUACCUUUAGUGGUUACAUUUCCAAUAUUAAUAAAAUUUGAAAAAGAAAUUGUCCUUUGUACAUAAAAGACUAUUUUCAUUCUGUUUUUCAUGAUCUAUAUGUUGUAUUUUUACAGUUUACUUGUUCAAACAAUGUAUUAUAGUUUUUCAGGGGCACUUAUUAAAAGUUAAAUAAAAGUCAAUUUACCUUUGUCAUCUUAAAUGAGUAGUUAAUAGAGCCAAUUCAUACAUAUUGGCUUUGAUUUACUACCUUGCGUACAGACCAUAUCACAAGUAACAUUGGUAUAAUCAAAUACCCUUGUAUCCAUGAGUUUGGAGAUGUUUUGGGGUCCCUGCAGAAGGGCUGGAGGACAACAGAAGGAUCUUGGAGAUUUCACUGAUUUCCUGAUUUCCUCUGCUGCUCAGAACCAUUAUUUUAAAAAUGCAAUUCAUAUGUCAUUGUUGUCAUAGGGACUUUCUUGGUUUUAUGUAAACUUAAAAACAUAAUUAAAACCAUAAUAAAAAUUCAUUUUUUCAGCGUUUUAACUUCUCGCUAUCAAAUCAGAAUAUUUGUUGGUCGUUCUUUGCUUUUCUAUAGCAUUUGUUUCUUCUUAUAGGGCUAGAUUAAAAUUGGUACUGCUGCUGAUUUGCACUGGUUAAUGAAAAACAAAUCAUAAUUUUAAGUGACACCAGUCGUACGGGAAAAUCUCACUAGUAAUACAUGUUAAAAUCAUUUGUUGUGUGCUCGACAUAUGGCCAUUCUUUUGUAAAAUAUUUUGUUGGUAGGAUGAUAUCAUGCAUUCAUUUGCCUUUUGAACCACCAUAACUAUUGCACUAAACAACAUACAAAAUAAAUAUUGUAGAUAUUCAGCAUAAUACAUAUAAGGCUUGAACCAGCAUUGCAAAUUAGCCAUAUAUAGGCCAUCGGUUCUAUAGUCCAGUAGUGGGGUUACUAUUUGGGCAGACCAAUAUUUCACUAAUUUGUCAUUCAUAAAUGUUUUGUUAUGUUUUACAGUGGGAAACACUACACCUAACAGUAAAUAAAUAAUAAUCUAACUAAUAGAAUAAAUAAAGGGCAAUGUACAAAACAUUAUAUUUCAAUGUACUAACAGCAACUACUUUUCUUACAGUAUACUAUAGAAUCACAAACCUCUGGGCCAACGCCAGAUGGAUUUUUUUUUGAGAUAGAUAAAGCCAAUGGAUUUGUUUAUAGAAACAACUCUUCUCCUUUAGAUUUUGAUGCGGGAUACAAGGUAACUUCAUCUUCUUUAUUAUAAAAAAUAUAAGUUCAGUUGGAGGAAAUGUGCAUGGAUCGCAGAAUGAAUUGCUAAACAGCUCAUUAGAUUUAAAAAAAAAAAAUAUUCUUACUUUAAAAUAAAAUGCCAAUAAAAAUCCUCGUAAAAGUGCACAACUUUCUAGAAUGAUGGCUUCAUGCAAUCUUUACAAAGUUUACUGUUGCUCAGGAUUACCAAAGAGACAAAAUUGGAACUAUAGUUUACAUAUUUAGGUCAUCUUCCAGCCUGUAAUAGUAAUCAAUAAUAGCCUAGACUCAGUACCAUAUGUACCACGGUUGCAAGGGUUGCCGCUUUCACUCCAGGGGACCCGGCCACAGCGGCGACUCCUGCUACCGUGGGCCACUUGCUUAUCUUAAGGGCCGAUGCAUAGCUGCACCGGCCUGGCAGUGGCAUAGCUGGGGGAGGUGGUUUGAGGUUGAGGUGGGCCAUCAGGUGGCCCAUGCACUUAGGGCCACCCAAUGGCUAUGUGUCUUCAGUGACCCAGUCUGGCUGUGGUGCUUUAAUAGCAUGACAGGUUCCCUCUAAUUAUGUCAUUGCUGGGAGGAAGUGACAGCCAGCCGGUAACUUCCUCUCAGCUAUCACAGAGCCAUGCAGGAGGAAGACAACGAGGAGGGGGCAGAGAGGAGAGGAGUGCAGCCUGGAAGAUCCACUGACUCCAAACAUCCUGAGCCAGGGAAGAACCCUAAAGGUAGGAAAAUGGAGGGAGGGUGACUAACUAAUGUUCAUUUUGCAUGUGUGUCUGUUUGUGUGUAUCUGAGUGUAUAUUUGUGUGUCUGUAUAUGUUUCUGUUAGUUUGACUGUGGGUCUGUGUAUCUAUCUGUCUGACUGUGUAUCUGGUUGUCUGUCCGUCUACGUGUGUGUGUCUGUGUGCAGGUGUGUGUAUCUACAUAUGUAUCAGUGUCUGUCUGUGUAUCUGUUUGUCUGUCAGUGUAUCUGCAUGUGUAUAUAUGUGUGUCUAUGUAUUUGCAUACGUCUGUAUGUGUAUCUAUCUGUGUGUCCGUGUAUCUGUCUGUUUGUUUGUCUGUGUAUCUGCUUGUUUUGUAUGUUUAUCAGUGCAUUAUUUUUAUUAUUAUUAUUAUUUAAAGCGCCAACAAGCUCUGUAGCUCUGUACAAUGGGUGGACUAACAGACAAGUAUUUGUAACCAGAUGAGUUGGACUCACAGGAACAGAGGCAUUGAGGGCCCUGCUCAAUGAGCUUACAUGCUAGAGGGAGUGGAUGAAUGUGACACAAAAGGUAAGGGUAUGGUAGAAAGUGGGUUGCUAGGAUAGUGUUCAUUGAAGGCUUAGUGUUUUGUUUUGAUGACCAUUUCAGGAGAAGAAUUAGGGUGUGGGGAGGGAACGCUGUUCACAGUUUCAUUGAUAUGCUUUCCUAAAGAAGUACGUUUUCAAAGAGUUUUUGAAGAAGUGGAGAUUGGGUGAAAGUCUUACAGAGAGGGGAAGGGCUUUCCAUAGGAACGGUGCAGCCAUAGAGAAGUCUUGAAGGUGAGCAUCAGAGGUAGGAGUAAGAACAGAGGUUAGACGUAUGUAUCCGGCAAAGCGUAGGGGCCUAGACGGGACAUAUUUGUGUAAUAGUGAGGAUAAGUAGGUCGGAGCAGCAUUGGGUAGAGAUUUGUAAGCAAGUACCAGGAUCUUAAAUUUAAUCCUAUAUCUUAUGGGAAGCCAAUGUAGGGACUGACAAAGGGGGGAGGCGUGGGAGGUGCGGACAGACAGGAAGAUGAUCCUCGCCGCUGCAUUCAUUAUAUACAGUAACGGGGCAAGUUGGGAACAUGUAAGAGCACUGAGAAGCAGAUUACAGUAGUCAAAGCGAGAGAGGACAGUGGCAUGGACAAGCAUCUUUGCCGUAUCAGGAGUUAAAUAGGGUUGGAUGCGCGCAAUAUUUUUGAGAUGUAAGCGUCAGGAUUUCGCGAUUGAUUGGACAUGAGGGGUGAAGGAGAGGUCGGAGUCAAAGAGAACACCUAGGCAGUGAGCCUUAGAGGUAGAGGGGAUGGUAGCACCAUUGACUUAGAGGGACACAGACAAGGGAGUAGCAACACUUGAGGGAGGAAAGACCAGAAGAGCACCAGGAGAGAGCAGUAUCUCAUAGACUGAGAUAACGGAGGAUGAUCAACAGUGUCAAAAGCAGCAGAAAGGUCGAGGAGAAUUAGGAUAGAGCUGUGGCCCUGGGAUUUUGCAAUGAUAAGAUCAUUGGAUACUUUGGUCUAAGCUGUUUCAACAGAGUGAUGAGCACAGAAUCCAGAUUGAAGCGGGUCAAGCAGGAAGUUGGAUUCGAGGAAGUCUGCCAAUCUUGCAUGCACAACUCUCUCAAGGAUCUUCGAGACAAAUUACAUUAGCGAGAUAGGGCAGUAGUUGGACGGAGAAUUGGAGUCAAGGUUGGGCUUUUUCAGAAUCGGGGUUACGGUUGCAUGUUUGAAGGGUAGAGGAAAGGUGCCAGAGGAGAGGGAGAGAUUGACAAUUUUAGUGAGAGGCAGAGCAAGAGAAAGAGACAAAGUGCAGAUGAGAUAUGAGGGGAAAGGAUCGAGUGAACAGGUGGUGGGGUGGGGUGGGAGGAAUGGAGCAGAGCAGAUAUGCAGAUGCAGAUGAGCAUAGGACAGCUGAGUGAAUGUGGUUAGGGGAAAGGCUGGUAGUAGAUGGAGAGAGAUGAGAGAUCUCUUCCCUGAUUGAAGAAAUUUUCUCAGUGAAGUGAGCUGCAAAGUUUGUGGCGAUCAAGUUGGCAGGAGGAGGAUGCACAACAGGGCACAGAAGAGAGUUAAUAGCAUGAAACAGUCAUUUGGGCUCAUGGGAGAGUGUGGUUAUGAGUGUAAUGAAGUAGUUUCUUUUGAAGAGUAAAGAGCCACACUGUACUCAGCAUAAAUUUAUAGUGGCGGAAGUUAGACACAGGGUGAGACUUUCUCAUCUGUGUCUGUAUGCCAGUUUGUCUAUAUGUCUGUAUGUGUAUCUUUGUGUGUAUCGGUUUGUAUAUGUAUAUCUGUGUCUGUGUCUAUAUUUGUGUGUCUGUGUGUGUAUCUGCAUGUGUAUCUGUGUCUCUCUUUCUGCAUGUGUGUUGGUGUGUGCCCAUAUGAAUCUGUGUGUGUCAGUGUUUGUAUGAAUGUCAUUCUGUGUAUAAAUGUAUGAGUUAGUGUGAUUAUGUGCAUAAACCUCAAUAUUCAAAUGCCAAUACUACACAAAAAUACACCCCUGCAUUCAAAUGUCGACACUACAUACAGACACACCCCUAUAUUCAAAGGCAUUGUAAACCACUGCUUUCAAAUGGCAAAAGUACUUAAAAACAAGUAAACCACUGCUUUCAAAUGACAAAAGUACAUAAAAACACACAUACUACACACAAGUACACUCCUACAUUUACACACAUACUCCAUACAAAAACAUGCUUACAUUAAAACAUACAAACACUGCUCAAUGCUAAGUACAACCCUGGAAUAACUCUUUUACCAGUGCUUAUUAGCACCUGGGGGGCACAAUGUCCAAGUUACUGGCAGUAGAGGAGCGCACAGCAAUCCUUUCCAAUUCAUGUAGCAUUGUCAAGCUUCGCCAGCACCUCUGUUGGGUACGCCUGCUCUGGAGCAUGUUGUAGCCUGUGUAGAGAUGGUGGGGAUAUGACUCACCUCAUAAACCCUGAUCCCUACAUUCCUCACAGCAUGGCGGCGCCUUGGUAAUUAGGAGUGAGAGGAGGUGCAAAGUCAGCAACCAUCCCAGGAGGCAAAAUUUCUAGCUAUGCAGUCUGGGGCCCGUGGUUGCUGAGUUACCAGCAGCAGGGAAGUGCUGUGCUGCUACCCUCUUAGUGCUGUAUGUAGAAUGGCAGAGUGGUCUGACAGGAAGUGCUCACCUGUCAGAUGGGUACCACGGUGAGCAGGUACCAGAGAGGAGUGUGAGAGAGACACAUGAUUGAGACACAUGGAGAGUGUAUCCCCAAAGAGGAUUACAAGUCAUCACAACCAGAGCAGUGAUGCUUCAUGUCUGCUGUAAAAACAGUGAUAACUAACAGAAAAAUAGACAAAGAGGAUGAUGUAUAAAUAUGUAUGUUCCCUAGGUGUUUUUAUAUAGCAGUACAUUUCCUAUGUUUAGGAAUUCAGGCUUAUGAUAAAGGCGACAGAUACAACUGGACUUUCCUGUGAAGGAGGACUGAUAAUCUAUAUCAAUGAUUUAAAUGAUGAACUACCAAUAUUUGAGUAAGUAAUUAACAGUAUUGUAUGUGUGUUAAUUCUUAAACAAGCAAGUUAAAAAGAUCACUAAUGGGCAUCAUAUGUAGUAGUGAUGAUGUCUAUAAAUCCUGGAAUCCAUCUUUACUUAUGUUGUUAAUCCAAUUUCAAACAGUAAAAAUAGCUGUCUACUCAGCUCCUCUGUCUCCUUCUCUGGUCCCAACACCAAUGCAGAAGUCUUUCCCUUAAGUACUGAUGACAGGCUGAGAGUGUCAGCUGACACUCUCAAUCUGUUACCAGCCACCCACUAAGAGAAAUGAUUUAGAAAGGUAAAUCAUAAAUGAGGAAAAAUGACAGCCAGGAACUGCAGGCACCAUAAUAACUUCAUUGAGUUAAAUUUGUUAUGGUGCCUGGAGUGCUCCUUUAACCCCUUUGUGACCAUGGACAAAUCAGGUACGUCCGACAAAAAACGGUCCUUAAGGACCGCGGACGUACCUGAUACAUCAGCGGGGAAUUAUAGUAUCAACUCUAGAGUACAUCUCUAAUGGUAUUGCAGUGAUGCCUCGAUGUUGAGAAUACCCCCCUCAAUGCCGGUGGCCGCUCCCCCCUACCCUUCCUCUCCCUCCCUGUGUACUUACCGAUCGCUGCCAUUCCCCCGCUGGUGAAUGUGAAACUGAAAUGGUGAAAGUGCUUUUUGUACUUAUAGCCCUAUAAUUUUCCAAAAAAAGCUAAGAACAUGUUAAUAUUGGGUAUUUCUAAACUCAGGACAAAAUUUUAAAACUAUUUAGCAUGGGUGUUUUUUGGCGGUUCUAGAUGCGUAAAAGAUCUUGCGGGUCAAAGUUUGAAAAAGUGUGGUUUUUUAACUUUUUUCAUCAUAUUUUAUAAAAACAAUUUUAUAGUAAAUUAUGAUAUGAUAAUAAUAAUGGUAUCUUUAGAAAUACCAUUUAAUUGUGAGACAAACUGUACUGUAUAUAAUAUGUGUGGGUGCAGUAAAUGAGUAAGAGGAAAAUUACAGCUAAACACAAGCCCCACAGAAAUGUAAAAAGAGCCCAGGUCCUUAACGGUAAGAAAAUUGAAAAAUGGUCUAGUCACUAAGGGGCUAAAUAUAUAGUUCUUUCCCAUUGGUACCUUCAGUGUUCUUUAGAUUUUUUAUUUGGAUGCUAGUCAAUCACUAGACUCUCUAAGUAUUGCUCAUAUGAUUACGUCGCAAAGAGUCAUUGAGUGCUUUCCCUCAUUUUUGAGUUAACUUGAGUGAUAUGACAAAAAACUAAAGUUUCUGGGGCUGUCUCAAAACCUCAGGCUCUAAUGGCUAUGAUGCUUAGAAUACCCCUUAAUAAACUUAGCUAUAAUGCAAAACUUUUUAUAUUGCUAUUUUUACACAGAAAAGUUGAUAAUGAUACAGUAUACGUGCCCGAAAAUAUCCCUCCUCGAUCCAUUAUACAUGUGUUUACAGCAACAGACAGAGAUGCUGGGGACAAAAUAUUCUAUGAUUUUGCAGGACCUACGCGAAUAUUUUCUAUAAACUCUGGUAUGUAAAAUUUUAUAUACAUAAUUAGCAGUAAGAUCAUAAAUGUAGUUUAUUCCCAAUGUAUACAUGUUUUAAUAUUAAAGUUACCUGAUGCAAAACCAUUGUAAAGCAAUGUCUACUGUUACUAAACCUUACCAUACCUUCUUCUCCAAUAAUGAAAAAUACUUCUUUCACCAAAUAAAAAUAUUAGAAAGGGUUUAUCACAUCAACAAACUGUGUUUUAAAAAAAGUAGAUUUUGGGAAGUGUAUAACUUUCUGUAAGUGUAAAUUUCUAUUUCUUUUUCAAUAAACAGCUAUAACACAUAAUACAUAACACAGCAGCUUAAACUCUUCAGAUAUAAAUAUAAAUGUGUCCUUGCAUACUCUAUGUCCCAGUAAUAAAUUAUUAACCAGCAUGAGGCCAUCUCUUAAGAGAAAACAAUGUAGGUGUGUGGAAUAACCUUCCAGCAAAUAGCCAUAUUUAUUGGACUUCAAGCAGUCUUAUAGGCUCAAUGCUUUGAGCUGAAAAACAGCAUCAAGAAUACAUUUUAUUUAUGGGACAGAUAGACCUGGAGCUUGUUUCCAACCUUAGAUAUUGGAAAGUUCAAACUGAAGAACUUUCCUGCCUGGUAAAUGUUUUAUCAGUCUAGUAAAAUUGCUAGUGUGUGUUUACAAUAUGUGCAAAGUAUUUAAAUAGUAACUCAUGUAACUAAUAGAAUUGUGACAAUUCUGCUGCUAGCUGCUACCAGUCUGUAGCAGCUAUGAAUUAGAUUUAGCCAAAUGUCUUCAAUGUGGCUUAAUUAUUACAGUUGAGCACUUCUCCUCUGCCGAGAUAAUCCAUCCACCUCACAGGUGUGGCAUAUCAAGAUGCUGAUUAGACAGCAUGAUUAUUGCAAAGGUGUGCCUUAAUCUGGCCACAAUAAAAGGCCACUCUAAAAUGUGCAGUUUUACUGUAUUGGGAGGAUCCGGGGGUGGUCCGGGGGGACCGAAAAAUCAGUCAGUAUCAGGUGUGACCACCAUUUGCCUCGCGCAGUGCAGCAUACCUCCUUCGCAUAGAGUUGAUCAGGUUGUUGUGGAAUGUUGGUCCCCUCCUCUUCAAUGGCUGUGCGUAAUUGCUGGAUAUUGGCAGGACCUGGAAUACGCUGUUGUAUACGCCGAUCCAGAGCAUCCCAAACAUCCCUGUACAGUGAAAACCGGGAUUCAUCUGUGAAGAGAACACCUCUCUGUUACGGUUGCCUCCAGUCUAGCUGAAAGUUGGACCGCAGAAAGAAUGCUCCUAGUGCUCACCAAAGGACCAGCAGCACCGUAGACACCAUAAGUACUGUGGACUACAUGAACCGCCGCUACUGGGCUGGGAUCUCGCCAUCUGCUAUCCACCCUGGACCUAUGAACAGGCUCCAGGUUCCAGUGGGUGAACUGGAGAGCAAAGCAGGAUCAGGAACAAGAGCUCUUACAAGAGCUUGGUAGCGAAGGUAGUAUGAAGAGCAUAGCAAUCCCUGUAGUGAUUAUAGCUGUCCCCUCCAAACUCAAGUCAAAGCUGCGAGUUGAGGGCCAAGUAGAUCUGUUUAAUUAGCACCAAAGGACUUUCUUUUAUACGAGUUUUCCUACAAAGUUACUACCCACGUGGACCUUGUGGUACACAGGACUCAGUGUUACAGCAACCAAUCAAACACAUUACAGUACAGUCAGACACUCCCAGCCAAGGCACACAAACCCUCCCCUCUGCCUGUGAUAUAAUUACUAAACACAAUGGGCUAACUUAAUUAUCACAGGCAGGAAAAUGCACAGUUUUACACAAUAUUCUUAACUUCCAAACCAUACAUGCAAUUUCUAUAGGAUACAUAUUCCGAACCAGCAUAAUCAGAAUACAAACAUAUUCAAAAAUUAUACAAUUUGGUCCAGUGGUUCAAAAGAUAGAUGGAAGUCAUAUUUGACCAACUGCAAGCAUGUUUCCUAACAGAAAGAGUUCCAAAGAUUUGGGCUGUGCGGUCGUUCUAUUUCACAUAGAAAAAAGACUAAGUCCCAUUCAAAUGCACGAACGGUUGCUGUUCGUGCAAAUAUCCCAUUAUAAAGUGGUGUUCGAAUAGUCGAACACACUUUGAUUUCCGUCAAAACAUCAAAGUUGGGGGGGCGUGGCCAACACGGAGCAAGAUGGUCGCAUAGAAAUCUGCUCCGGCACCUGGGCACCUAAUCUGAUGUAAUCUCACCAUCCAAAGCUGCAUCCAGCAACCUACCACCGCGAUGGCACAACAAAGGAACAAGAAGGGCUCGGCGAAGACUGAAAAACUAAACUUUUUCAGCCAGAAAUCGGCUCCUGCAACUCCGGCGGACCAGGCCUCAAACGACAACGAGGACCCCGAGCCGGAUUAUACCAUGCAGAGCUCACAAACUGAAGUACCACUAAACAACCAACAGCUUACAAAAGCUGAUCUCUCAGCAGCCCUAGAGACACUAUCGAACAAAUUAAUAACAACUUGGCAACAUACAGCCGACUCAUUAAGAAAAGACAUACAAGAGUUGGGGAAACGAACAUCCAAUAUGGAGGACAAAUGUGAUGAAAUCGCAAUGGCACACAACGACCUCGCCACUACUGUGGAACAAUUAUCUGCCCAACUAACCACUAUGGAAGAAAAACUAACGGACAUGGAAGACCGUUCACGCAGGAACAACCUCCGCUUGAGGGGGGUUCCGGAAGAAAUCAGCAAUGCAGACUUACCGGCAUAUGUUCGGGGGCUGUUAAAGGCGCACGCACCAGAGAUCCCAACGGAAAUGCUGCUGGUGGAUAGAGUACACCGCAUCCCCAAGCCGCGACACCUACCUCCGGAGACACCAAGGGAUAUACUAAUGAGGGCCCACUACUUCCAUAUAAAGGAGUACAUUCUUAGAAACAGCAAGACACCCGCCAAUCCACCAGACGAGUAUGCCACAGUUCGAAUCUAUGCAGACCUCUCGGCAGCCACUCUCCGGAGAAGAAAAGAAUUCUCCCAAGUCACAGGUGCCUUGAGAACGCACAACAUUCGCUACAAAUGGGGUUUCCCCACAAAACUCCUUAUUACAAAAGAUGGAACGACAACAGUAAUCCUAACCCCGGAGGACGGCAUGAAGAGGCUGAGAACCUGGAAUGUAUCACUAACACCUGACCUCCAGGAUAGACCAACGAUCCGUGAACCGCUUCGGCCCGAAUGGACAAAGGUCCCGAAGAAACAUUAAACAUCAGACGACAACUGGUUUAACGGCAAGACUCAAGCAAGAAUCCAAAGCAACUGGCUCCAAGGGUGAACAGACCCCAUUGAAACAGCCCGACCUUCGACCGCCCACAACUCAAAGACCUUUAGCCGCGAUACAGAGGGUCCCAUCGCCAAGUAAGCAACCGGAUCCGGGGCUCCCGCCAUCCCUGUGACGAAGCACGGCAGAGCAGUGGAACUACGCGGGGGACCCGGGUCUGGAACCGUGGAUUGGGACUGAUGCCGCCCCGGUAAGACUACAAACAUACCAAUCACCACCCACACCCGGGUGUGCAACCCAUGUAGAACUUUUUUCUUUUGGCUUCCCAGGACUCAGAGACUCAGCCCCCCUACUAUGGGGCAAUUUUAGCAGCCCAGUAUUGAAUGGAAUGGGGGGUCUGGGGCUCUUUAGGGGGCGAGAGGCAAUUGACAAGGUGGGCUACCACAACGGAAAGCUCACAGGGUAACGGGAUCUCAUGCGCCCAGGAUGGGGACCACUUUAUCCCGUUAGGGGCCGCACACAACAGGACAGCCCGCCCAGCGGGAACUCAUGGGCAGAGAGACCCGGGUGACCAUCCAGCGCAAACACCUAUAUGAAACACACCAGGAAGGUAUUAGAUGUCCCAGUGGACACACCUAUUGCCCACCAGGGACUUAUAGCAGCCGUUGCCCACCCUGGCCACGAAAUUCUAGCUACAUCAUACAAGAGGGGGAAAGGCCAUUCCCCAUGACAUAUGAACCGGACCCAGCUAUCGAAGCCAAAUCUCAUGAGUAA